AUGUCGCAGUCUUCCAGACCGGAUCAACUGAGAUAGAAUGUUGAUUUUAAUAGUGUUUUAUUAGUGGGUUUUGAUCAAAUUGAUCAACCAGAAGAAGGAGAACAAAAUUUAAGUAUUUGGAAUGAUUAAUUAUAAAAUUAUAAUAAAGUGGUUGAUUGCUUCAACAAGUAAACUCAAGAAAGGAAUUAUAUGGGAAACAGCCAUUUAAAUAAUGGAGCAUAAAUUGCUGCUAAGAAUCGUAUGAAUUCAGGUUCAAAGCAGUAUGAGAAUAUCCGCAGAUCUAAAUAAAAUUAGUCUCAAAUUCAUUUGAAUCAACCUAUUCUCUUAAAUUCUGUAUAAUAAAAUUUUCCUAUGUCUAUGCAAAUGGGAUAAGCAAGUUCAUCAUAACAGUCUUAGCUAUAACAAUAGAAUUCUGGUACAAAUCUAUAGAAUUAUUACUAGAAUUAGACAACUGCAAAAGCAUUAAAUCAAUCAAACACAGCUUCAGUGACUCCUUCUUAGGCUAUUUUAAGUUCAACUGCAAGAGGGUUUAUGCUACAUGCAAAAAGUAAAAAAAUUAAUUCAGUACAACCAAACAAAAACAUAUUGAGUGAUUUAAAUGAAGGAAGUACUUUAAAUUAAAACGUCUAAGAAAAUCAAGUUAACCAAGGAAAAAGCUAGCAGUAGCAACCACAGUAGCUAUAAUAAGGUCAAUAACAAUAAUAACAAUAGUAGCAACAAUAACAACAAUAAUAAUAGCAGUAAUAAUAGUACAUCAAUGAAAACAGUUUUUUUCAAUUUUUUGGGGAUUAAUCUAAAAUCAAAGCUUUAAUUUAGUAACAAUCUUAGCAAUAAUAAUAGUUACAAUAAUAGGUAUCAGCUAAUACCUAAAUGAAUCAAAAUAAUAGUGUCUUCUUUUAAAACAAAAGGCCUAAAUAAUCUGAUUCUACUUUUGAUUCCACUUGUUCAUCAACUCUUGUAUAGGAAUCUUCUUAUGUUACCCCUAGAAAUACAAAUAAAUCUUCACAAAACUCAUUCAUCUAAUAAGGCAAUCUUCAAAAUUCUCAAAUAUUAAAUUUUAAUGAAAUGGGAGGAUCUUGCACUCCUUCUUAACAAUAGACUACAUAAUAUAACAAUAGCUAGAAUAAUCCUUAAGGAGUGUAUAGAAAUAGAAAUAGCAUUUCUACCCAUUAAGCGUAUCAAAACAGUUCUAGUAAUAGCACUACCAAUAAUAGUAUAAUAAAUAAUAACAAUAAUAAUUCAAUAAUGUAUUAUGAUUCUAAAAUAGCGCGCUAGUUAAGCUAGUUAAGUGUUAGCGAUUACAGUUAAUAAUAAUAAUCAUAAUAGUAAAACACUGCCACGACUACACCAAGAGGUGGGAAUAAUAAUUAUUCGAUGAUUUUACUUCAUUAUCCUCAACAUUACGUCUAAGGGCAAAACAAUUUUUAUAACCAUCAUCAUAGACAUCUAUCUUUCUCUAAUAACUCUUCAUCGCAGCAACACUCUUUCAUUCUUUCAUAGUUACAGCAAUCGCAUAUUAAUUAGCAUUCCUACAGCAGUAACAGCAAUAACUAAAGCUUUCAAGGAAGCUAAGCAUAUCAUGCUUAACCUGAGAUUAUGUUUAGUCCUAUGAUUCACAACAAGAGCAAUGAUAGUAUUUCAUAAAAUAAUUGCCAUCUUUCUAGCAUUAACUCUUUAAAUACAUCUUUUUAGCAAAACUACACUUCUUAGUGUUAGAUUGAUGAUUAAAACAAAUCUCGAACUUAUAAAUCUGAUAGCUUGCAUAUCCUAUAAUAGCAGUAGUAAUAGUAAUAAAAUUUUAACGAUAGCUAGAAAUAAAAUGGUCAGAUAUAAGCAUCUUAAUAAAGCUAAUCUUAGUUUUACUCUCAAAAUUCUUAACAAAAUAAUACCUAAAUAAGUCAUCCUCAAUUUUCUCCUUAAAUUUAAUAAGGAAGCUAAAGCUAGCAAAAUUAAAAUAUUUAGUAGUAAUAAAAUCAGACAAGCAACUUACUACACUAUCCAUAAAAGUUUUUAGCAAAACCAUAAGGAAUCCAUAGGAAAAAUUUAUCUACCUCAUCGAAGACUAAUGGUGGCUCAUAGAAUUAUUCUAAUAUUUCUAUAUUAAACAAUUAAAAAUUUGAAUCAGGUAGUAUUCAAUCUUCUAAAUAAAUUUAGUAGAAUGAUAAUUCAAUUUCAAAUAAUGGAAAUUCUAUUUAGAACAGUACGGCUAUUAAAUCUUAACAAAAAAAUGAUACCACAAGUUCAGCUACUUUCUCAUAACUUUCAAGAAAAGUAAGAAGUAUUACUAAUAAUAUGAUAGAAUAGAGUUAAAUUCUUGAAGAAGAUGAUGAAAAAAUUGAUGGUGAAUUUUUUGAUGACUCAAAUAAUGAAUCUGAAACUGAUAAGAAACAGAAAUCAGAUGAUUAAACCAAAGGCAGUAAGAAAGCUGAAAAGAAAAAUUCUAAAGGAACACGUAAAAGAAAAAUAAUAGCUCAAGAGGAAGAAAGUAAUUACUUAAUCAAUCCAGAUAAUGUAAAGUAAGAUAGUCGUACUACUGUAAUGAUAAAAAAUAUUCCAAACAAAUAUUCUUUACAAGCUUUAAUGGAAAAAAUUGAUUAAAAUCAUUCAAAAACUUAUGACUUUUUUUAUCUUCCUAUAGAUUUUAGGAACAAAUGCAACGUCGGGUAUGCAUUUAUAAACUUCAUAGAUCCAGAAUUUAUAAAAAAUUUUUAUGAAGAGUUUCAUAACCAGAAGUGGGCAAAAUUCAACAGUGAAAAAGUUUGCUUGCUCUAUUAUGCUAGACUUCAAGGCCGUAAUGCGCUUAUACAUCACUUUUAGCACUCUAGCGUCAUGAAUUAAAAAGAUAAGAAGCUAAAGCCUGUUAUACUCCCUAAAAAUGAAGUAAUAGCUUUAGAAUAGCUUUUAAAGAAUCAAAGGGAUGAAGUCCGUAAGGUAUCCAAUAGCAGUAGCUCAGCAGAUCAAAGAAGCAAAUCUCCUGAAAAUAUUAACGCAUAACUUUCAUCUAAUGAAUAAGAGAACUAAGCUAAUACCCCAAAGCAAUAAUAUGAAAAAUCUUAAAGUAAAGAGUCUAUUUAUUCAAGAGGUUCAAAUCAUAAUUCUUCAAAUCACACCUUAAAAGAUGAGAAAUGUACCAUAACUUAGUCAAACGAUACUCAAAAUAUCUAAGCUAGAUCUUCAAGCAUAAAGUCAUAAACUUUACUCAAUUAGACUCUAAAUAUAUCAUCUAUUUCAAAAAGUAUCUCUCCAACAAAUAAUGAGGAUAUCAAACAAAAGCAAGCUCAACUCAUAAAAUCAAGUACUAAAAAAGUAACUUAAUGCAUGAAUCCUUCUUAGUAAUAGUGA